AUGUUGCCUCACAACAAGGACCAGGUGCUGCUACUGAACGCAGCGCCCUCCGGGUGUCCCCCUCAGGUCCUCUCACAAUUUGUGGGCUCCCCUCCACCCAACCUAGCAUCUCUUUCUCCCCAUAAGUCCCUCCCUCCUUCCCACCUACCUCUGUCCUCUCCCACACAGCCCUGUUUCCCCUUCUCUUCUCUGCCUCACCAUCACUCUCCUGGGCCUCAAGUCUACUCUUCAGACUCAAAUUCUGACUUUGUUCCCCUCCCCUUCCCCUCCUCUCUCCCAAGUUCUCCCACUUUCUUUCACCAAAACUAUACUCCAAACUCGACCUCUCCCUCCAACUACCCUCUGUGCCCCUCUCCUCCCCUUACCCAAUCCUCCCCUCUUUCCCAGCUACAGAAUUCCUCUCCUCAGACUUGCCAGUCUCCUUCCCACCUCCAGGACAUUGAUAGCUCCCCCGUCACCUCCCCCAGCCCCAGCGCACCUUCUCGAGGGAUUCAGAAUAACGGGCAAGCAUGGCAGUGGCCUCAGUGCAGAAACAUCAGGUCCCCUGGGGGUGCAGGGGGAUGCGUGGCAAGCAAGGUGGACCCUGGAAAAUUCAAGGACCCAAGGUUCCUCGCGCAAGCCCUGGUGGCUCGUGUAGGGCACCGCAGAAUUGCCCGAGACCUGCAGCUGCUGUUUCUGCAGUGCCUGUGGACAGGCACAACCGGCCAGGCACCAGUCGUGGAGUAUCCCGUAUGUCUGGUGUGCCUGCAGCCCCGCACCCCAUCUUGCCCCACCCCCAAGUACAGGACUGGACCCCGGCUGCUUGCCUUCCCUCAACUACUGCCCUGUGCCCAGAGCCAGGAAUCUGGGCCACUCCGAAUAGGCAUUGGCUUCGGCCUCCGCCUCCCUCGGGGCCAGGCCAAGGCUUUGCAUCUGCUGCCAGAAAAAAGGCAGGGGGGAGUAGGGUCUCGGGCAGAGACCCGCCGGAGUCAAAAGCCUGCAACUCAGGCGCAAGCAGCUCAAACCACAGGUACGCUCUUCCAGGCCGGGAGCCUCAGGUCUGCAGAUCGUCAAUCAACAAAACCCAGCCAGUGCUCCAGGCCUCCACCUCAGGCACCAAGACGGGCUACUGCCUCCUCAAAGCCCAGGCCUUCUCCUGCCCCAAAGGGGUCUGUGUCUCCAGAGUCAAUUCUCCAAAAGUUGCCAUCUUAA